UUCUUGCGUGACGUGUAAUAGACUGGACGGGACGCUUCUUCAGGAACAACAAGGCGCCAACUCUUUCAACCACCUCGGUAGCCUGCUAGACAACAUAAAACUGAAAGAUUGAUUCUUUAGACCAUGUUAUUGUACAUUAGCUAAUCUCAGUGUUUAAGCCAAAUUUCGGUUGACGUAUCUACUGGUGAACUUUAACCUAAUGUGCUUGUUCAAUUUGCAAACUUGUUAAAGAUUGAUACUGAGGUUAGCACUAGGCUAGUCGCUAAUGCAGGCUAGCUAACAUCCCUGACCAUGAGCUCACUGAACUACUCCUCCAUUGCUAAUGAAGAGGUCUGCUUUACGGAUAAAUAAUCUUUCAGAAUGAAAAAGGAGGAAGAGGAGGCUGUUAUAGUGAAAGAAGAGAAAGAACAUUUUAUAGAGGAAGAGGAUGCUAUCUUAAUAAACGUGAAGGAGGAAGACGUUUUGAGAGUGAAAAAGGAGGAGACAGAAGAUCCGAUUGACACCAGAGAGAGACAUGACUAUGGUGGAUCCUCUGCGGAGCCUCAACAACAUCCUGAUGCUGACGAGGCAGAGAAGAGUCUCUCCAGAUCAGAACACCAGAUGGACAACGCUAGCCCUUCCAGCCUCCCGGAGUCCAUGUGUCGUGCCUCUCCCAGUCGCACCUUACUGCUGGGUAUGAAGAGGUUGUCUGUGCUGCUGGUGGACUUCAGGAAAACAACGGGGCUGAGUGGAACUGUUAGGGGAGGAGAAGAGAUGAAAGGAUCAGAUUUGACUCAUCAAAGAGAAAAACCGGACUCAGAGGAACCAGAGCCAGGGACGUCCAAACCAGCAAGAAGACACCAGUGUUCCCACUGUGGAAAGGGUUGUAACCACUUAAGUGAGCUUAAACGACAUGAGAGAAUACACACAGGGGAGAAGCCUUACCAAUGCUUGCAAUGUGAAAAGAUGUAUAGCGAGAAAGGACACCUGAAAGCUCAUGAGAAAAUUCACACAGGGGAGAAGCCUUACCAAUGCUCCCAGUGUGGAAAGUGUUUCACCUGGCGAGGGUAUCUGAAAAAACAUGAAAGAAUACACACAGGGGAGAAGCCUUACCACUGCUCCCAGUGUGGCAAGUGUUUCAACGGGGCAGGGGAUCUGAAAAAACACGAAAGAAUACAUACAGGUGAGAAGCCUUACCACUGUUCCCAGUGUGGCAAGUGUUUUAACCAGUUAGGGACCCUGAAACAGCACAAGAUAAUACACACAGGGGAGAUGCAUUACCACUCCUCCCAGGAUGCAAAGCUUUUGCCCAUUUAGGAAGCCUGAAAGAACAUGAGACACAGAGGAGAAGGCUUACAGAAGGUUAGAUUUUAGGAAAACAUAUUACUUAUAACAAUCACUUAAACGUCAUUAGAGAAUCCACACAGGAGAGAGAAAUUACUUCUCUUAGCAUGUAUAUUGAUAUUUCACAUCUAAUGUUUCUUACAAUUCAUCUGAGAACAUACACAGUGCUCCCGUUGUCUUAUAUUGUUGACUGAUAAUGUGUUUACCUGUUUUUACCAGAUUAAAUUGCUUCUUCCAAUUAUUGAGUAACAUGUACCUGUUAAGAAACUGACUGUUAGAUAUGUUAAGGCUCCAUGGAUUGAUGAGGAAUUUAAAAACUGUAUGUUUGAAAGAGUUGGGGCAAAAGGAGUGGCUAAUAAGUCUGGCUGCACA